AUGGAGGAAGCCGCGAUGCCGGAAGCGGGCGUAGCCGUUGAUCCUGCGGAGCGCGGAGGAGGCUCUGCGCUUUUCGAGGCAGAGGCGACUCGUCGAACGGGCGCUAUCACUGGUGGAGACUGCACAUCACAUUCCCCGUUCGAAGAACCAAAUGCUGGCGCUUCACCGCCCGCAGCGUUGAGCCUUUCCCCGGACAGCAUCCGCGAGCCCGCGCAUCCCGAGGCGGAGUGUCAGUUCGCGGGGAACGGUGCGAUCGGAGGCGGAGUUGGCUCAGUGGGCGCACCUUGUGCCGCAGUUUCCCCCGACGGUGCGCCAAACGAUGAUGCAGUUCCCCCCACGUCGAGGAUUUCCCCGGACACCGUGGUUGAGCCCGUGCCUAGCACCUUAGAGACUCUCCCCGUAUGUUCCAGCGCAAACCGUGGCCCUGGCGGAGAGUGCGCAGUGCACUCGCCUUGCGCUGCAGUUUCCCCGCGCGAGGAGCCGCGCGCACACCAAACGCAGCCGUUUGCUGAAUCCUCCCCGCUAGACUCAAUGGAUCCGCCUGAUUCAGUGCCGCCCCUAUCUCCAUCGGUAGUGCCGCCCACAUCUACAGUAUCACCUGUAGCUACGGCUCAACCCCUUUCCAAAGUUUCCCCCGUAUCUACAGUUCCUCCCACAUCUACAAUCCCCCCGUUAUCUACAGAUGCUCCUAUAUCUACAGUUCCUCCCGUUUCUAUAGAUGAUCGCAUGCCUACAGUUCCUCCCGUUCCAACAAAUGCUCCCAUGCCUACAGUUGCUACUGUAGCUACUGCACUCCCUCCCGUAACUGAACUUCCACGUCAGCAACCAGUCCCCAUCGACCCGUUACCGCAUCCGAAGCUGAAGAACCAGUGGAGAGAAGCGAAGGCGGAAGCGUCGCGCUGGUGGCUCCUGGGAGAGCGCCAGCUGUCCUGCGUCUCGCUGACACGUGGCGCCAAGGUGGAAGCGUUCGACCCCGUAGAUUUCCACUUCCCGAAAGGCGAGGCGAGCGGUGGUGGCGAGGGGAGCGGACACGUUGGCGGAAAGCAGGGCGGAAAGGAUGGCGGAAGGGCGCGCGGAAGGCCGCCCAAGUGGAGCAAGACGUUAUCCCGGGUGUCGUCCGCUGGGAGCUCAAUCGUCCGCUUUGGGACAAAGCGAGGAGGCGAGUCUUUUCGGGGGUCGACUGCUGGGAGCUCCAUUGUCCGCUUUGGAAUGGCCAGAGGAGGGGAGGUAUCCCUCACUCCACUUCCUAGUCCGUUUUCUUCCUCGCCCGCUCAAUCUCUCCCUCUCACCGCCUCUCCUUCCCCCCUCUCCAUCCCCGCUUCAUGUCCGCCCCUCCUACCCACUUCGCUCCCCCCUUUCGCGCGGCUGCCAGGUGGGAUCGCUCCCGCGAGAGUGGGCAGCGGCGCUGAUACCACUGGAGGCGGAGGGGAAGGUCAGGCUGCGCGGAUAUGUGUGCUCCGCGCCGCCAUGCCUCGCCAUGUUCUCCGAGAUCCUACUCACUGUCAGGUGCGUUAUGCCAACUCAGAGGUUGAGUUGGAGCACUUGUGUGCGCUCGCUCCUCCUUUCUCCGUGCUCCAUGGCAGGGUGUACGUGCAGCAGUGCUGCUUCCAGAAGCUCACUCGGGUGAAGGAGCGCGCAGCACACGCGCUGUAUGUCUGCACAGCCGCCCACAUCACCAGGCUGCUGCGCUUCCUGGAGCUGCGCCCUACCCGCCCGGCGGAGUUCACUCCAGCGGAUUUCAACCAUCACACAGAGAAGCUGGGCUUUAGCUUUGCCUUUGCAGACCGGCAGGCAGCGACUAAGAGAGUGCGGGCAACUGCAGGAGGGGGUGAGAGUAACGAGGGGGGGGAGGAGGAGGCAAAGUCGAUGACAGAUGAGGAGGUGAACCGCUACGUGGGUGUCACCACCAACAAUCAAGCGCUGCCAGAGAUGGAGCCUCCCCCGGGUGUGACCUCGCAGCUGCGGUGCUACCAGAAGCAGGCGCUGCACUGGAUGCUGUCCAUGGAGGCUUUGGGACGGGGUAGUCUGUGCCAGGACUUGAUUUCCUCACACCCAUUCCCUCCCUGUCACCCGUCACACGCCUCUUGCCAGGAGAUGGAGCCUCCCCCGGGUGUGACCUCGCAGCUGCGGUGCUACCAGAAGCAGGCGCUGCACUGGAUGCUGUCCAUGGAGGCCCUUGGGCAGACCGUGCCGGGGAUUGGCGAGCUUGUGCCGGGGAAUGGCCAGGCCGUGCCAGGGAUUGGCGAGCUUGUGCCGGGGAAUGGCCAGGCCGUGCCAGGGAUUGGCGAGCUUGUGCCGGGGAAUGGCCAGGCCGUGCCAGGGAAUGCUGCAACUGCUGAAGUCUCCACUUCUCUAUGUCCAGGAGCUGCUGAUGCCAGUGGUACUGCUGCUGCUGCUGCUGCUGCUGCUGCCGAUGGUGGUGGCGGUGCUGGUGGUGGCAAGAGGACGAGUGCAGUGAACGAGUGUGAUGCGCUGCACCCGUGUUGGGAGGAGUACACGCUUCAGCACAAGUGCGACUUCUUUGCACCUACCCCUUCCGCUACCCUCCACCCCCGUUUCCCCCUCUUUCCCUCGAUUUUCCUCACUUCAUUCAGAAUUCUAGCAGACGCCAUGGGUCUGGGCAAGACGGUCAUGACCAUUGCUCUCAUUGCUGCGAGCAGGGCGAACAGGGAGAGGGGGAAGGCGAUGGCGACGGGAACAAGGGGGAAACUGGGAGGAGUGGUGGGGAAGAUGGACGGAGGAGGGUCGGGGAAACAAGUGAGGGAUGAGAGGCGAGGUGGUAAUAGAAACGGGGAAUGCGCUGUUUCCAAUGGUGCUGACUGUAAGCAGGACGAGGAGGCAGCUGGGGGUGUGAAGCGGAAGAGAGGGGAGUGCAGUGCGGUGGCGGGAGAAGGGAGAGGUGUUCGUGUUGGUUCAAGGAGGAAGAAGCGAGUGAAAAGGGAGGCGGGCGAGGGUGUGAUGGGAGAGGGGGAGGGGGGAACAGGAGAAGGAGGUGACGUAUGGUUUUCAGACCAGGAUGAGGAUGAGGAAGAGGAUGAGGAUGAGGAUAAGGAUAAGGAUAAGGAUGGAGACUAUUUGCCUGGUGAGGAGGGAGGCGAUAUUGGUGCCGAUGCCGGCGGAUCUGACAGCGAUGCAGAGGUGCAGGAGGUUGGAGGUGACACGUGGAGGGCGGAAGAGACACCAGAGGAGAUGCAAGCGGAGGGUGGUAGGGAGGUAGAGGAGUGGAAUGGCAGGGGCGGCAACAGCAGCAGGGACAGGAGGGUGCAAGGAGGGACGCUCAUAGUGUGCCCCAUGUCGCUCCUCAGCCAGUGGAAGGUGCGCGCUCUGCCCGCUUGCUCCUAUGCUUUCUCACCCACCUUUUCUCAAACGUCUCUCCUGUGUCUUCUUCCGAAUCUAUACUUCCUGGGGAAGGGGAAGGUGUUCUCUCCAGGAAGCCCUUUGCGAGCAAGUGGAAGGCCGAGUAUGAGGCGCACACAGCGCCGGGCCGAGUGUGAGGCGCACACAGCGCCAGGUGUGCUGUCAGUGAUGGUCUACUAUGGCUCGCAGCGGCGCGAUUUUGAAGCGCGCUAUCUGGCGAAGCAUGAUGUAGUCAUCACCACGUAUGGCACACUGCAAGCCGAGUACAAGAAGUUCAACAAGAAGGCAGCAGAGGACAGCGUGGCAGCACAGCAGGUCCCCCUCCCCGCGGAGUUCCUGACCUCCGCCUGCACGCCCCCGCCCUCGCGCUUCAACCCGCCCCCACCACCGCCGUCCCCGGUGCGCCAGGGGCCGCUGCACAGUGUGCAGUGGUGCAGAGCGGUGCUGGACGAGGCUCAUUUUAUUAAGAACCGUGCGUCUGGUGCUGCUGCUGCCACCUUCGCCCUCCAAGCCGAUGCCCGCUGGUGCCUCACUGGCACGCCCAUCCAGAACCAACUGGAGGACGUGUACAGUCUGCUGCGCUUCCUGAGGGUGCAGCCGUGGGACAACUGGGGGUGGUGGCAGCGCCUGGUGCAGCAGCCGUACGAGCGCGGGGACAUGAGAAGCAUCAAGCUGCUGCAGGGGCUGCUGAAGCCGCUCAUGCUGCGACGAACCAAGGACUCCAAAGACAGGAACGGGCAACCCAUCCUUCUGCUGCCGCCCAUAUCUUUCCGUGUGAUCUCGUGUGAGUUCUCCGCGGAGGAAAGGGACUUCUACGACGCAUUGCAUAAUAAGUCCAAGGUCAAGUUCGACAGCUUCGUGGCGCAGGGCCGAGUGCUGCACAACUAUGCCUCCAUUCUUGAGAUGCUGCUGCGCCUGCGCCAGGUGGGUGCUGGGUGGUGCUGCUGGGUGCAGAGGAGGGUGCUGUGUGGUGGGUAUGGGACGAGUGCUGCACAACUAUGCCUCCAUUCUCGAGAUGCUGCUGCGCCUGCUCCAGGUGGGGGGCGGCUGCUGGUGCUGGGUUCUGGGUUUCGACCUCUUGAGACGCCUCAACAAGAAAAUGGUCCUUCUUUCUUCCCCUCCUUACUUCCCUUCCCUCAAUCCCACUUACGCACCAACCAGGUGUGCGACCACCCGUUUCUCGUUUUGAGCCGCUCUGACACAAUGGACGACGAGGACCUCAGCAAGCUGGGACGAAAGUUCCUUGCAGCUUCCUCACAAGGAACAGCAGGGUCCGCCGCUGCUGCUGCUGCUGCUGCUUCUGCUGCUGGUGCUGGUGGCACCACCACGACUGCCGAUGCUGCUGCCACCGGUGCAGGAGCAUGGGGAGAAGCAGGCAGCAGCUGUCCUAUUGGGUGGGACCACGGGGACGAAACCCACGAGUCCCACAAGGGCCCGUCCCGGGAGUAUGUGCAGUCAGUAAUGGAACAACUGAAGAGGAGGAGAGAGGGGUUAACGCAGGGAGGGGACGAGUGUCCGGUGUGUUUGGAGGCGGCAGAGGAUGCGGUGUUCAUGCCCUGUGCGCACAUUGCGUGCCGCGAGUGCCUGCUCACCGCCUGGAGGCCUUCAGUCAAUGGCCCUUGUCCUGUCUGCCGUCGGCCAAUCCUGCGCUCCCAGCUCAUCACAGUGCCACGUGCCAGCCGCUUCUCAUUGGACGUGGAGGCCAGCUGGCAGGACUCUGUGAAGGUCCGCCAGCUGCUACAGUGCCUGGGGGAGAUCCGGGCGGCAUCGGCUUGGAAGGGAGCGAAUGGGGGGGGAGGAGGAGAGAAGAGCGUGGUUUUCAGCCAGUGGACGGCAUUUCUUGACUUGUUGGAGAUCGCAUUUAAGAGGGCCAAGGUGCUGUAUGUGCGGCUGGACGGCAGCAUGUCGCAGCAGCAGCGGGAGAGGGCGAUUAACGAGUUCCGGGAGAAUCCCAAGGUGGAGGUGCUGCUGGUGUCACUUAAGGCGGGCGGCGUGGGGCUCAACCUCACCGCAGCCUCCCAUGCCUUUGUCAUGGACCCCUGGUGGAACCCGUCAGUGGAGGAGCAGGCAGUGAUGAGAGUGCACCGCAUAGGGCAGACUCGCCCUGUUACAGUAACGCGCUUCAUAGUGCGCGACUCAGUAGAGGAGCGCAUGCAGAAGGUGCAGCUGCGCAAGGAUCAGAUGGUGCAGGGAGCACUCAUGGAUGAUGGCGCACGCAGUGCAAGGAUCAACGAGCUCAAAAUGCUCUUUAGAUAG